CCUUCCAUCAGUUCAUCACCACUUGGUUCUCUGCUCCGACCCAUCUGCCUGUCUAUCUAUAUAAGCCAGGGCCAGGCCACCCAGUGUGCAGGAGGAGCCAGCCCCAGCAACAACACCGGCAUUGCCACGCGCUUCCACUACCGCAUUGCCAAGCUCUCGACUAGCUGCUCAACGUACGCGUAGCCAGCAGAUCCGCAAGAUCGAUCAGAGAUGGUGGUGGCCAGAGCCUUCCUCGCCGUGGCGGCCGUGGCCGCUGUCCUGCAGCUCGCCGCGGCGGCGGACCAUCCUGUGGGAGGCAGCGGCAGCUGGGACGCCAGCGGCACCAGCUACAACGCCUGGUCCGCCAAGCAGACCUUCAAGCAGGGCGACACCCUGUCGUUCCAGUUCGCGCCGUCCCACGACGUCACCGAGGUCGACAAGAAGGACUACGACUCCUGCUCCGCCGCCAACCCCAUCAAGUCCUACACCGGCGGAAGCGCCGCCGUCAAGCUCACCGCCCCGGGCAAGCGCUACUUCAUCUGCAGCGUGACCGGCCACUGCGCCUCCGGCAUGAAGCUCGAGGUCACCGUCGCCGCGGCCGCGGUCACCGCGCCCGCGCCCGGCAAGGGCGGCAAGCCCCACCACAAGAGGAGCGUCGCCCCGACCCCGGCCCCUGCAGUGGCGGCACCGGAGCCUGCUGCUUCUUCCACCGACGACGUAUCCACGCCCACGGCGGCGCCGGCGCCCAGGUCGUCGGACGCGGCCACCAUUGGCGUGCUCGGAGGCAAGGCUUUCGUGGGGCUCGCCGUGGGCGUCGCCAUGGCCUUGGCCGCCAUGUGAGCGUCGUCGUGACACGCACGAUUGUUUUUUUAGCAGAAAUAAUAAUUCGUUAUUCUUAUAUUCUACGGCGCAACGCACCGACGGUUGUUGCUGACAAAGUUUACAGAUAUAUAUAUUGUUUUUUUCUCUCCCAUCUUUUGCCGUCUUUGGCGGCAACCAGCAGCAUAUAGUAUUCAAUUCGAUUGUAUUAUACAUGAACGAUGAUUAUAUUAAUGUAUUAUUCUUGUCCGUCCCUGUUGAGAAGGAAUAAAUACAAUGUAUCAUUCAUUAUUCACUA